GUAUCCGUAACGAGUUGGUAAACGAACUCCUGAGCAUCCUCACUUCGCUGCCAUCAUUCUGGGACACAAUGGGGCGCAGAAAGUCUAAAAGAAAACCACCUCCGAAAAAGAAAAUGACGGGAAACCUGGACACCCAGUUCACAUGUCCCUUCUGUAACCACGAGAAAUCAUGCGAUGUAAAGAUGGAAAGAACCAGAAACACAGGAAUUAUAUCCUGCAGUGUUUGUUUGGAGGAGUUUCAGACUCCGAUUACAUAUCUUUCUGAACCUGUGGACGUGUACAGCGAUUGGAUCGACGCCUGCGAAGCAGCCAAUCAGUAGUCCUGCAUACCUCACUCUGGGAUCAUAUACGUUGUUUCCUCUAAACUUUGUCAAUUCUUAGUUCCACUUUUUCCGUCACAUUCCUCCGGUCAGGUCAGGGUGAUGCCAUGCUUACCUGCGUCUAUCGUGGUUCUCCCUAUAAAUGUUAACAUGUUUCCUGUUUGUUUUUUUGUAAAUCUAAAUUCCUUUUGGAGUAAUUUUUUUUAUUUCUUGUGAAGGACCAAAAAAACAAUGGAGUAUCUCACCAUUUAAAAAAAAAAAAAAUCAUUUAUAUAUAAAAAAUAAUCUUCCUUUUUCUGUUAUUCCAUCGAUAUUCUAAAGUCGGAGACUGUUUUAGUUUUUUUCAUUUUUAGUUUGGAACUCUAUCAUUGAUGCACUGAAAAAAUAUUUGUUUUACCCUGUAAAUUCACAAUCAUGUACUUUCUUUCACACCAAUGUGAUGUAUUUCACAUUUAUGUACCUUUAGGUGCUGACAGCAAAUAAAAAGAAAUAAAAAAUCCCA